CGCGUGUGUGUGUGUGUAUGGUCAUAAAACCAAUUUAACGUAAAGAGUAGUGUUCCGAUUAGAAGAAAGCGUACAAAAUGUCUCAAAGCCAUGGAGCGGCGUUGCGAUACUCGCAAUACGCUGCCAGCGCGACGGGAGCCUGCCCUCAACAGCCCGUGGCGCAGCAAAGUCCGUCUGGUGCAGCCGGAAAACAAUCCGGCCAAACCACAACAUCGGCGUCCGGCUCCGUAGCAGUAGUGACUCGACAGCAACAACAGCAGCAGCAGCAACAACAGCAGCAUCAGCAUCAGCAUCAGCAGGUUCCAUCGUUGCCGUUUAUGCGGCCACCGUUACUGGUUACGUCUUCCGGUGCAACAAUGUUGCCAGCGGGGGCGAACGGCGGCAGUGGCGGACGACUGCCAAAGUACCCCGGCAGCCUGUCCGGGUCCGAUACGGACGUGUCGACUUCGACCGAGAAUCUUUCGCGCGAAGAACGGUACGUGCUGAGUCACGCCCGCGUCGAACCGCAGGGCGAAGAGAAUCUGCAGGGCAGUGUAACGCCGGUGAAUGAAAUGCAAGGGCGGUUCAUUGGCGACAAAUUUUCGUCCAACACCUCGACGGAUUCGACACGCUACGUGACAGCGAUCGGUGGCAUGUACGCAAACAUUGGGCCCGGCCCGGGGACGGGCAACGAUGGAUCGUCGAACCGCAGCUCGAUGGUUGGUGGGGGCGGCGGCGGUUCGAAUCGGAACUCGCUUAAGGAACCGAACUCGAACCGGUCGUCGAUGGACGUUUCACAGUCGUCGUACAAUACGCUCAUCAUACACGACGACGUUUACGGCGGUGGCAUCAACAACAACCGUGAGUAUGCCGGCAGCCCGCCACCGUACAUGACGAAAAAGGAACGGCCGCGCUCGUACGGCGAGGCACAGGUGGCGAUGCAGGAGAUUUCGGAGAUUCCCGAAGAGUACCUCAACCAGAGCCACGUGUUGAAGCAUCUGGCGAAAGAGGUCAAACUGCCGGCCAGCUCGACCCGGGGCGGCGCAACCCGCAGCGAAUCGUUGGCCCGUGACUCGACCGGCAGCCAGACGGCAGCGGCCGAAGGGGGUGGCGGUGCAGGUCGCCACUGGAGUGGCCGACAACAAUCGACCACCUCGUCUACGGCCUCGACAGCGAACGCGGCCGAUAGCGGCGGCAUCGGCGAGAGCGGAGAGCAUCAACAGCAGCAGAAAAAAGCGAUCGACAAAAGAAAGGCGGGCAGCUGUGAACCCACCGGUGGCACGGCGGCUGCGGCGGCUGGUGGCAAUGGGAAGCUGAAAAGCAAAAGCCAACCCGACCUGACCCGCCUCUACGAUAUCGACCCGGAAGAGCUGGAGGCGCUCGUGAAGGAAAACCAACUUCUCAAGCAGCAGCUUAACAAUUGCUAUCUGAAGGUUGCCAAAAGUCAAAAGUUGGAACAGGAAAUAGCAAACAUUUACCGAGUGCACGAGGAGCUGGUGCAAUCUUGUGACCGUCGUGAGCGCCUGGAACGGGCAGCCCGGACCCGGCUGCAGCAGGACUGUCGCCGGCUACAGGAGCUGAAUCGUGCGUUCCGCGAUCAGGUCGAGGUGUACCAGAGCCAGCUGCACGCCUCCUCCGAUCACCAGCUAGGCCGCACGCAGCAAGAUGUGCUCAUUUCGCAGCUGGUCAAUCAAAAUAAAUCGCUGGUCGAUGCCAACCGGAGACAGUGCAUCGAGCUGCAAGCGCAGAACGCCACCCUCGAGGAGCAACGGAUUCACAUCAACGUGCUCGAUACGGCGCUGAAGCGUCUCGAGGAAGAAUGCCGACAAAAGCAGGUGUACGUGGAAAGGUGCGCCCAGCUGCAGCACGCACUGCAGUCGCUACAGAACGCUAGCGAGCGGCGCGAGCAGGCAGAACGCAAGCUACGAAUUGAUUACGACAACGAUUUGCCCAACCGGAGUGGCAGCAGCACCAACAGUGAAACCGAUAACCUCAAGUGGCAGCUGCGGGAAAAAGAUGCCCAAAUCAUACGACUUGAGGCGGAAUGCACGAAGCUGGAGCAGCGCAAUCUGGAGGAAUCGAACGUACGGAACGUGGCCAAAAUGGCGAUGGAACGGAACUCGCAGGAAACCGAGCGCAUACUGGCGGAGGCGAAGCAGGAAAAGAUUCGCUACCUCGACGAGGCGCACGCCGCCAACCGGAAGGUGACGGAGCUGCAGACGCGCCUGAAGCUGGUCGAGAAUCGGCUGGCAGAAAAGGACGCCAUGAUACGGGCGUAUCACGGACAGAAAAUCUACGGUGGAUCGACAAACUCCUACGGAUCGUACAACCUAUCGACGGAUAGCUUCGCAUUGAAUCCACUGGGAGCCUACAACUCGCAGACAUCGUACGUGGACGUGUCGAGCAACUCGUUCGACGUGGUGGGCGGCAACGCCGGGGCAGGAUCGUUGCUCGAUCCGUCCGUCGUUGGCCCGUACGUCGGUGCAUCGUCGGUGGCCACCAGUUACGCUUCGACCUACGGUCAAACCAAUCCUUCGUUCGCCCAAAGUUCGCUCAAUCUUCCCGGCCAUGGUGCUGGUACCGGAUCGGUGAUGGGUGGUGCCGCCGGUUCCGUGUCGGUGGUCGGCAACGGGGUGACCGGUUGCUACUCAUCGCCGGGUAGCAGCACGACCUCCAACUACAGCAGUACCAACUUUGGCAGCGGAACGCCCGGCAGCAGCAGCGAGCACACGAUCUACGAUAGCAAAAACUACGAACUACGAUCGAUUGACGAUCAGCUGAAGCAGCUCGACGAGCAGCUGCUGAACAAGCGAGGUUUGUGCUGUUUUCCGAGCCUAACAACCAAGAAACCGAUCCAAUCACUGCUGGCAGCCGACGAAGUGUCCGUACUGUCGGCGAACAAUAGUGAAGCGUUCCUGCAGAACCUCGCGCACAUCGAUCGACGGUCGGAGCAACAGCAACAACGGGAGGACCGUGAGUCGGGCGCCGGAAGCCAGAAAGCCACGGAGGACAUGGUGCUGCUGGAGAAGCAAGGUCGCUGCUCGCAAAAGCUGCGCGGCGGAAGCAGCGGCUCGUCCACCGGGACUGCCACACUGGGCAACCUAGCGCACGUGUCACAAGCCGUGGGGCAGAAUAUGACCGAUAUCAGCAACAUCGGAUCGUCCGGUCUUUCCGGCGUGGGACCGGUGGGCAGCGGUGGCAAUAAGAUGCUGUCGAGUAUCGCGAAGCAGGGCAGCGGUGUCGCCAGUUUGCUGGGAGCCAGCCAUCGGGGAUCGUCGCUCCCACCGAGUGCUCUGCCGCGGCCACCGCGAAGUUUGAAGCCGCCACGUAAAAUCGAAUACGGUCGUUUGAGCGAUGGCGGUGGCGGGGACGGGGGAGCCCUUGGCGGCGGCAUGAUGGGCAAGAAAACCCGUGCCGUUACUCCACCGUCGCCGGUAUCCUCCGACAGUCCAAAGGAUACGUACGGCGGCCGAAUCAAGCGUCCGGGAGCCGUCGGUGGUGUCCGAGAUUUUUCGCCCGCCAAGGGCGGUUACGUGGAAAUGAAGGACACGCUGCAGCUGACCGGCUGUGGCGGUGGGUCACUGAAGCACAAAUCGUACGGCUCAAUGAAUGCCGUUGCUCCGGGCGGCGGGCCGGUCGGUGGUCACCAAGGAGGCACCAAGUUCGGGUUCGUCAAGACAUCGUCCGGUUCGGCCGGGUCCGGAUCUUCGGGUGGGUCGGGCUCGACCGUUUGCGGUGACUACGCGAAAGUUGACUACCCGUCCACCAAGAACUACCAGCGGCUCGAGGAAACCCCCACGACACCGACGAUGCCGACAACCGGCACGGUAGUCGUUUCGGACCACGGUUCGCAGUCGUCCUCGCAGUCGCGCAAAAGUUCCGCCGACUCAGGCACCCUGAAGCGCACGCUGUUGCCCAACGUCCGAAAGCCGUCCCCCGGCAUCCAGCAGCAACAGCAGACCAUUCCCAAGGGAGGAUCACGCGAUUCUCUGAAUUCUGCCUCGUCCGGCUCGAACCACUCCAACAGCACGGGACCGGCGGGUAUGGCCGGUCUGUCGCGCUCUAGUCCGCUACGAUCCACGCCGACGGCGGGAUACCACCACUCGCUACACACACUGCAACGUACGCCACCCCGUUUCAUCCACCACCAGCAGUCCACGUCGACGGAGUCCACCAAGUCGAACUACGCCAUGCCGGGCAGCCAGCAGCCGCAACAGCAACAACCACUCCACCACGGGUUCUUCUCAAAAUUUGCUUCACAAUCCGUGUCACCUGCCCGCACGAUCACACAGCCGAAGAGUUCGUCCUCACUGCCCAGUUCCAGUGUGCUGCAGGCGGCCGUUAGCUCGUCGGCCACCUCCGCCAUCGGCCAAAGCUCGACGGCUUCGCUGCCUCCGAAACCGGCCGGGCUCGACAAGCAGUUCGGUCCGGCGGCACAGUCCGGCACACCGUCAGCGGUCACAACAGGCUACAACAACCCACAGCGCCCACGGGGAACCAGCCUGGCGCGCGUUGGCAACAAAUAUCGUAUUCAGUUUUGA